AUGGCUCUUGCUCUCCUCUUGGCAGCAGUCCUGGGAAUUCUUAUUGUCAAGGCUGUUUUGUUUCAGCUGAGAAACCGGAACUCCCCUCCUUGCAUCAGGAGUUGGAUCCCUUGGUUUGGAGCUGCGUUUCAGUUUGGGAAAGCUCCUCUGGAGUUUAUAGAGCAAGCUAGAAACAAGCAUGGGCCUGUAUUCACAAUAUUCGCUCUGGGAAAACGGUUCACGUUUGUCACUGAGGAAGAAGGAGCUGAAGCAUUUUUUAAAUCUAAAGACUUAAAUUUUGAACAGGCAGUACAAGAAGCUGUCAAGAAUGCAGUUUCUGUCCCUGCAGAAGCAUUUUAUCAGAACCACGGUAACCUCUACAGCAUGAUGAAGGCAAAAAUGGGUCCUUCUAAUCUGCACAUGUUCACGGGCACUGUGUGUAAGGAGCUACAUGAGCAGAUGGCACACCUGGGCACAGAGGGCACAGGCGACCUCAAUGACCUGGUAAGGCAAGUCAUGUAUCCAGCAGUGGUGAACACUCUGUUUGGGAAAGGCAUCUGCCCAACAAGCCAGAGUGAAAUCAAGGAGUUUGAAGAACAUUUUCAAAAGUACGAUGAGGACUUCGAACACGCUUCUCAGAUGCCUGAAUGCUUCCUGAGGAACUGGUCUAAAUCCAAAAAAUGGCUUCUAAAAUUAUUUGAGAAAAUAGUGUCAGAUGCUGAAAGGACCAACCCUUCAGAGACGACAUCCAAGACACUACUGCACCAUCUCCUUGAUAACUUGCAAGGAAAACAUCUAGCUCCCAAUUACGGACUCCUGAUGCUCUGGGCUUCCCAAGCAAAUGCUGUCCCUGUUGCAUUCUGGACCCUUGUCUUCAUACUCUCUUAUCCUUCCAUUUACAAGAAAGUCAUGGAAGACCUGGCUUCUGUUUUUGGCAAAGCAGGUAAAGAUAAAAUAGAAGUCUCUGAAGAAGACCUUAAGAAGCUUCCUUUCAUUAAAUGGUGCACUUUGGAAGCCAUACGGCUGAGGUCUCCAGGUGCAAUCACCAAGAAAGUGGUAAACCCAAUAAGAAUUCAGAAUUUCACCAUCCCUGCAGGUGACAUGCUGAUGUUGUCACCGUAUUGGUUGCACAGGAACCCAAAAUAUUUUCCUGAACCAGAAGUGUUCAAACCUGAUCGUUGGAAAGAGGCAAAUUUAGAGAAGAAUGCUUUCUUGGACAGCUUUGUGGCAUUCGGAGGAGGGAAGCAUCAGUGUCCAGGAAGGUGGUUUGCUAUCAUGGAAAUCCAGUUAUUCGUUGUGCUAUUCCUAUACAAAUAUGAAUUUGUGCUUUUGGAUGCAGUACCAAAGGAGAGCCCUUUACAUUUGGUGGGGACACAGCAACCCAUGGCACCAUUCCGGGUCCAGUAUAAACACCGGCAAUGA